UCAGCAGCGCACGGCUUCCACGCGCUCGUGUAGAAACCCACGCAUGAUUAUUUCUCGUUUUUUAAAAAAAACAACACAAUCCCGCUGAUUUACUUUUGCGACUGUUGAGCAGGAUGCGGGGGUCCCACCACCACCACCACCACCGGAGCAGCCCCGAAGCCCGCGGCGACUCCUCCGCGCUCCUGGCGGUGAACAUCGGCGGCGUGAAGCAGGUGUUGUGCGGGGACCUCCUCGCCCGCUUCCCGGACACCCGCCUGGCCGAGCUGCUGCGCUCCGCCGAGUCCGGGCCGCCCGCGGAGGACAUCUCGUCCCUCUGCGACGACUACGACGCGGAGAAGGGCGAGUUUUACUUCGACCGGGAUCCGGACGCGUUCAGGUGCAUCACGGAGCUUUAUGUGCACGGCGAGAUCCACGUCAAGCGCGGCGUCUGCCCGGUCUGCUUCAUGGCCGAGAUGCGCUUCUGGAAAGUGGGCGCGGAGUUCCUGGACGAGUGCUGCCGGAGCCACCUGCGGGAGGUGGAGGACGAGCUGGCGGAGAUCGCGGAGAAGGUGAGGACCAUGCUGGUGGACCGGGGAGGGGACCCCACGGCCGGGGGAUGGCAGCGCGUCCAGACGGGCUUGUGGAGGCUCAUGGAGAAGCCAGAGUCCUCCAUCCCGGCGCACGUCGUGGCCAUCACCUCCUUCCUCUUCAUCCUGGUGUCCUCCGUGGUGAUGUGCGUGGGCACCAUCCCGGACUUGCAGGUGGAGGACCCGGAGGGGAACCUGGCCGAGCACCCGGCGCUGGAGGCCAUGGAGACGGCCUGCAUCGGCUGGUUCACGGCGGAGUACGCCCUGCGCCUGGUUUCCUCCCCCGACAAGGUGCGGUUCGCGCUGGGCUUCAUGAACGUGGUGGACUUCAUGGCCAUCGCCCCGUUCUUCGUGGUGCUGCUGCUGACCUCGCUGGGCGCCGGCGUGAUGGAGCUGGCCAACGUGCAGAAGGCGGUGCAGGCAAUGCGCAUCAUGCGCAUCGCCCGCAUUUUCAAGCUGGCGCGCCACUCCGCCGGCCUGCAGACGCUGACCUCGGCGCUGACCCGCAGCCUGAAGGAGCUGGGCCUGCUCCUCAUGUACAUGGGCGUGGGUGUCUUCCUCUUCUCGGCGCUGGGCUACACCCUGGAGCAGAGCCACCCGGAGACUUUGUUCACCAGCAUCCCGCAGUCCUUCUGGUGGGCGGUCAUCACCAUGACGACGGUGGGCUACGGCGACGUCUACCCCAAGACCACCCUGGGGCGCUGCAACGCCGCCAUCAGCUUCCUGUGCGGCGUGAUCGCCAUCGCCCUGCCCAUCCACCCCAUCAUCAACAACUUCGUGCUCUUCUACAACAAGCAGCAGGUGCUGGAGACCGCCGCCAAGCAUGAGAUCGAACUCAUGGCCCUGCGCUCGGGUCACGGCGGGGGUCCGGAGGGCCACGCCCGCACGAGAGGGGUCGCCGACCAUCAGGCCCCCGAGAUUGAGAACACAAAUAUAGUAUCCCCUCGUUCGUCGCGGUUAAUUGGUUCCGGAAAUGAGUGCGAUGAAGGAAUUUCCGCAAAGUAGGAAUGCUUUCAUAAUCUUCGAAAUACCUUUUCGACAUCAUGAGAGCCCGCCGGACCGGGGGUCCCCAAACUACGGCCUGAGGCCCGUCAGCGCUCCAUAUUUAAAAAUGUAUUUUAUUUUAUUUAUUUUUUUCUGACCUUUCUAAUCCAUUUUCUACUGCUUGUUACUCUCAGUGUCUCUUAGCCGCAUCCGGCCCGCCAGCGUCCAAAAUCCAGCCUGCGGCAAGUCCCAAGUUAAAAACAAAAACAAAUAAACCACACACCCACACACACAUAUAUAUAUAUAUACAUGCAUUUUCUACCGCUUAUUCCCUUUAGGAUCGUGAGGGUUGCUGGUGCCUAUCUCAGCUCCAAUCGGGCGGAAGGCAGGAUACAACCUGGACAAGUCGCCACCUCAUC